AUGGCACGUUCACAAAAAAUUAGUUCUAUGCAACGAGAUGAAAGAGUAAAAAGUGCAAGAAAAUUAUCAAAAAGAUUUGGAAUAAAAUCAACAAGAUCAAAUUCAAAAUGGAAACGUUUAAUAAACACGGACUUUAGUGGUCAUAUCAGUUUAGUACAAAAACAUAAUAGUAAAAAUAAUUUUAUUUGGUCUAAAAGCAAAACAACAAUUCCACUUGAUAUACAAACAGUUGGACAAUAA